AUGAUUGUGUUGACAAUAAUUUCCAUAAAUAAAGCAAGUGUUAAAGUUAGAGAUAAGAAAUUCACUAUACUUGAAAUCAAAGAAACCAGACGUAGUGUUGCCAAAAAAGGUGAUUCAAGUCACUACACUAUGCGGCCAUCAAUUGCGACUCACAUAACCUGUAAAUAUACUUAUAGCUCAUUACCUCAUGUGUGGUAUAAAACCGUUGCGCACAAAUGCAAUGGGGCUUGGCAUCCAGCUCCAUCUGUGUUUGUACCAACACCCAAUUAA